UUAAACUAUGUUUAAAAACAAACUAUGUUAAUAAACUAUGUUUCAUCAGAUAAUUACAAUAUCAUUGUUGGUAUGGGAAUACAUGUCAUAACACUUUCUCUUGAGUUUCUAAAUUCCUUUAAGCUCUCUUAACUAUGACCCUUUCGUCCAAAGUGGUUUAAUGGGUAGUAAAAAGAGAAGAAAUCCAGAGACGUAGAAAACAUAGAGGUGUACUUAAAGCAUCAUAAUCUAAAUGUUUGUUAGAAAGUAUCUCAAUUCUAAAUUUUAAGUGAGUCUUGGGUUCGAUAAACAAUAUCAAAGUAAACAAAUUUCCAGAAGUACAAACUUCUAAAUCGUUUUAUUUAGUAAGCGCGCUAGUAAAAGUCCUUAAAAAUAAUAAUGUAGCUUUCUCUGGUGAUUUUCUGUUGCAGCCUUUUGGAAAACGAGCCAAGUCAAGUCUGUUGACAUAAAUCCUGGCGAACUGUUUCAAUGGAAGAAAUUUAUGUUACGCUUUGCCGAUAGCGCGUACGAGGUGCACUUGGAUUAUAAAAACGACGCAAGGAUAACUAUGGUUUAGUCUUUGAGUGAGCGUCAUAUUGAAUAUCAAUACCACAACUCAAAUUUCGUAAUUUUUUAUUAAUACACUAUUUAGAAAAUAACAAUUCAUAAUAUUCUAAUUAUUAUAUGCGUUGAAAUGAUAAUAACACCACUGAUUUUUCUUCUUGUAUUGCUUGUAUCUAAUACACAAUCACUUCGCCGAGAUAGUACUAUAGUUUACUCUGAUAAUGAAGCACCAGAAACAAGAGAGUCUCAUUCAGUUUUAUCUGAUAUGGCAACAGAACUUAUUCGAGGAUCAUCUGGCUCUAGUCAGAUACUGAACAUAAAUCUAUCCAAUCUUCUCUUACUCCUAGUCUUGAAGGCAAUUGUGUACAGUGCUGGAUAUAUUGGCAAUCAUACAUUUAUAGGUCGUGGAGAGCCGCCAGACAGUAUGUUGAACAACAAAAUUCUAUCCGGAGGAGAAGCAGCCUUAGCGCUAGGAUAUUUUAUUGGUGAUACUUGCUUGUAUCGAGCAGCAUGUGAAGUUCCUCAAAUUGCGAAGGGGUAUCUCGGAGCUGCAGACGUGGUAUUCCAAUUGAUGAAGUUUAUGCCUCUGUCGUUGCAGACUGGUGAUUCAUACAAAAAUAUAAUGCAAGAAUUUCAAAGGGCGAUUGAACUCGGUUUUCAAAAUCAAUGCCCUUCGCACUACUACUGCAAAAAGGAAAAUAUACAUACGUUCCUACGUCCCUAAUAAAAAAAGAACGGCAAAAGGCGACUGUUGUAUGGAUUCAUUGUAAACACUACUAACAAAUUCAUAUCGGUGCAUAUCUUUAUUUUUUGCAUUAGCAAUGAUUAUUUUACAAAUGGUUUGGUAUCAUAUUGACCUAAGCAUUAUUAUUAUUAUAAGUAACAAUUAUAAUUGAUAGCCACGCAUAAAAAUCUCGUUCUUACGUCUCUAAAAGUGAAGUAAAAAAUAACGCAAGGGGCAUAAACGAUGGCACCGAUGCACACGUUUUUAGUUUUCAAACAUUUUUCUUUUUUACUCGUAGUUAUGUACAAAAUGAAUCGUAAGAGGAGAUAGCAAAACUGGGAAUGAAAAGUAAGCAUAUACUUUCUCCUUAUGGGAUUGUACAUCUUGUGUAUCACGAUGUUUUCUAGUCUAUUAAGGGUCAAAGAACACGAAAUGUAUCUUACAUACUCCCUUAUAUAUAUAUAUAUAUAUAUAUAUAUAUAUAUAUAAAAAAAUUAUUCUCCAUCAAAUUACAAGUCAUAAUAAAAGUGUAAUAUCAUGAAAAUCGGUAAAGAAUCGAAAUUUUGUAAACGUACGAUUCGUAAUUACCUUGAACGAAAAAAUAAAAACGAUUUUCUUGCGCACCGUGCAGCAAAGACAAACAUUGAUUCAUUUAAAGUUCAACAAGAGAUAGAGUGACAAAUUUAUCAUGAAUUGUCAGUCAAUCUCCCAUUGUUUAGAAAAGAGAACUCUGGACGAGUGCUGCUUUUCUUUCUUGCCUAACGACGAUUAAAUCGUCCACGAUUAAAAGGUGGAUUAAACCUGGGU